AUGCGCCUAUCCUCCACCCUCGUCGGCCUCACCAGCGCCCUCACAGUUCUCGCCUGUGACAGCUGCUAUGGACCUCAGGAGGAUGUUGUGAUGACACGUCGUGUCAAACGAAUGCAGCCGGAGUCACAGAAUGCAACUACUGGUCCUCGCGCUCCUCUCGAAUGGGGCCAAAUUAAUUUCUUGCAUACUACAGACACUCAUGGCUGGCUCGAAGGCCACUUAAAAGAGCAAUCAUACGGAGCGGAUUGGGGAGACUAUGUGAGCUUUACAACACGUAUGAAGCAGAAGGCGCGGGAGCUUGGAGUCGAUCUACUGUUAGUAGACUGCGGAGACAUGCAUGAUGGAGCCGGGUUAGCAGAUGCUACGAAGCCAAACGGAUUACUGUCAAACCCAGUGUUUGAAAAUAUCGAUUACGAUAUUCUGGCCAUUGGGAACCACGAGCUCUACGUCUCUGAGAUUGCGUAUCAGCACUUUACUGAAUUCGCCGGAGCGUAUGGCGAGCGCUAUCUGACGAGCAACGUCGAGAUCCUAAACCCUGAUACCAACGAGUACGAGGUCCUUGGCAACCGGUACCGGUACUUCACAACUGAGCAAGGCCUUCGAAUCAUGGCUUUCGGCGUACUAUACAACUUUACAGGCAAUUCAAACGUGUCUCGCAUUACUCCAGCUUCCCAGAUGGUCAAGCAGCCGUGGUUCCUCGAGGCGGUCAACUUUACGGAGCCUAUCGAUCUGUUUAUACUUGCAGGACACAAUCCCGCAAGGAGGAACAUAAGCUCGAGCACCUGGGGCGUGGUCUAUGAUACUAUCCGCAGCAUGAAACCCACAACUCCGAUUCAGAUUUUUGGAGGCCAUAACCAUGUGCGUGAUUGGGCGAUUUAUGACGAGAUGACUACUGCCAUCGGAUCAGGACGCUAUUGUGAGACUCUUGGCUGGGUAUCGAUGACCGGCAUCAACUCCUCCAGCUACCACGGCAACAUGCUGCCCAGCGGUGUCCCGCAUCCAACCAGGAGAGCCAUCAUCAACGCUACGUCGACUGCUAGCGCUGGUUUGUCUACUUAUACGGCAUCGUCGUCCAUGCGGUAUGCUCGCCGCUAUCUCGACUGGAAUAGACUUACGUUUGCCUAUCACGCAAGCGGCAGUCAGGACAGAGCAUUCGAUACGCAGCAUGGAAUCGCUGUGUCGCACACUAUAUACGGUAUCAGACAACAGCUUAAUCUGACGCGGCUGUAUGGAUGCGCGCCACAGACAUUCUGCCAGUUCUGUGCCCCGUACGGCAGUCCUGGAAGCAUCUACGGUCUUAUCGAGACGGCCCUUGCUGCUGUCGUGGUGAACAAGUCUAGGUCCGACAUUCCACGCAUCUUACUCGCCAACACCGGCGGCAUAAGGUUCGAUGUCGUAAAAGGACCGUUUACGUAUGACGAUUCUUUCAUCGUCAUCCCCUUUUUGAACAAGUUCCUCUAUAUACCCGAGGUGCCCUUCGAGCUCGCUUCGCAAGUCCUCGGGAUCCUCAACGCCGGCCGCUUUAUCAAACACAAGAAGCGAAACCUUGACUCCAGAGACCUCGGCUUCUCAAGCAUGUCCCUAGUCGACCGCAACAUUUGUGUGGACCCACCGAUCCGCCGAGACCAUGUCGAACGUCGUUCAGUACCCGGAGGGCGCGUUAUUCGCCGGCAGUCAACAGAAAUCGUGCCCGGCUACGUUACCAGAGACGAUUUCGGCACCGAUGGUGAUGACACAAUCCAUUCGCCAAUACCCAACUACCCCCGCCCGAACGUCGUGCAGGGCAACGGCUCCUUUCCCGAAGAUGGCAGCACUCCAGAGGCGGUUGACCUGGUGUUCUAUGACUUUAUCGAGAGCUACGUACUUGAUGCGCUCGUACGGGCAGGGGGCAACUAUACAGACAGCGAUGUUGCUCUGUAUAUGCCUGAGGACUUUACAUCAAACUCGUACCUGCCGGCUUAUGCUAUGCAGUACUGGAGAGGUAAUUUGACUUCUUGUCCAGUUGGAGGAGGUGUUGGGUUUGAUACGCCAACGAGGAGAUAA